AUGGGACUUUCUGCCAAGCUACUGACCAACAAGUCGGGUGUUUCGUCGCAAGUUGAUGCUCUCAACUCCUACACUAGCUCCUCCAACCUUGUGGAAAGGGACUCAUAUGACUACAAUACUGAGCCUCUUUACGUGUCAACUGAUUGGAAACCGUCUGCACUCACCUUGAGUGCCUCAAGUUUAACAGUCACCUCUCUUCCGGCCAAUCACGUGGCUCUCCAACUCUUCACGCGUAAAAGUUCAUCCGGACGUGUCUCCUCUGUUGCGAGAACCAAUUUUGGAGGGUGGAAUUAUGGACUUUCCUCCACCGAAACAUCAUAUUUGACCAGUUUGGCAUCUUCAGAACUCGGCUCUCACGGCUUAUGGUUUGCAAGUGCAUUGUAUCAGCUUGUCAAAUACGGUUCAUGGAACUGCCAGGGGGUUGAAAGUUUGCUUUCACAGUACAAUUUGACAGGCGACGCAUCAGAAGAAGUUUUGGAUGGAUUCUUUGGAGACCUGGAUCUUCAAUACAACACCACCGGGUCUUUUGAUGACCUCAACGUCACGUCUAUCCUGCAGACUUUGGGUUCGCAGUCUGAUAUCUCGGAGUUGGAAUCCAAGCUGCUGAUUUCUCUCUCCUCAGACUGUACAAUCAAAAAAUCGUCCGUUGGACUAAACGUUAUUGGUUGGUUGGUGUACCUCUACACAAGUGGAAAGCUUGUAUCAUCUGCAAUUGCGCUGUUCUCACAACUCAAAUCUGCACGUGAAAAGGCUGAGUCGAAGGAUGAACAGGAAGAGAGCCAAAGCGUUGAAUUACUAUACGACCGGCCAUCUUUCUUUCCGAAGUUGCGAAAACAAGAUCUGGCCUGA